AUGAAGUCAAGUCUCAAGAAGCAACAAAUUGUCUGGGCUAGAACAAAAGGACAUCCCUGGUGGCCAGGAAUCAUUACCAAAGUAAUCGAUGGAAAUUAGUAUGCCAUUAAUUUCAUUGGUGAUGAUUCACAGUAAGGCUCCAUAUUGAUGAGUGAUAAUCUUUUUGAUUUUCAAGAGAAAUUCGAGGAAUUCAAUGAUAAAGUCAAGAAGAACAAAAAAUUGAAAGAAGCAAUUCAAACUGCGCAAAAACUCUAAAGACCGCCAUUUUCAUAAUUAGAAAAACAAAAAAAAAAGCACAGUGAUAGUGAAUAAGAGGAGAAAAAGAAAGGUAUCAUAAUUAAACGAAAUCUGCGAAAACCAUUCAAAAAGCCUGAGACUCCAAAUAAAGAUAAUGUAUAAAAAUCCCCAUUGUAGGAAACUCCUCAAAUGCAAUAGAAGAAACAACAUCUAGACAGAGAAUUUUAAGAUUUAUUGUUAUUAUUGAUAGCUGCCCAAUUGAAUUAUGAUUAGAUUAAAUAGAAAUUGACACCAAUCCUUGAUACCAUUGAAGCUUAGGUGGCUCAAAAUAAUACUAUCACAGAAGUCUUAUCUGAGAGAAAGGGAUCCAUCCUGAAUGCCGUCUAUUUAAUAUUGAAACACCAAAGUGAAUAAAAUCCAGAUCACUUUUUUUAAAGGGAUAUUCAUUAAUAAAUAACAAGAUUACAUGAGUUAAUUAGCAAAUUAAAAAACUCAUUAUUAAAUUAAUUCUUCAAUGCCUCUAACAUCAUUUAGAAUUUAUCUGAAGUAUGCAUUAAUUCAAAUAGAAGUUAAGUCUUCACAAACAUAGUGAAUUAAGACAAAAUUAUCGAGAAGAAAACAUCUCAAGUGUCUCAAAAACAAACAGGAGAGAAAACAAAAAAAUAAAAAAAGAAAGACAAAACUGAAAAUAAAAUUCAAAUCAAUGAGGGUAAUGCUUAAAUUACUGAUAACAUCACUGUCUAAAAUAACAAUAAUAACAAUAGCAAUAAUACUAAUUAAUAAAAGAAGGAAUAAGUAUCAAAUGAGGAGUAGAAAAUUGAGGAGAAGAAGAAUAAUAUUGAAUAAACUAAAAUAAGUAAAUAGGAUGUUGGAGGUUAAAAAAAAGUCUAAAAGAAGAAUGAAAUCCCUGAUUAAGCCUUAAGGAGAAAGGUUUGUCUGAAUAUGUUAGAAUUGGUUCAAUUGUUGGGAAUGGAAGAGGAAGAAGCAAAGAAAAUUACAAUAAAAAUUGAGAGUUUAGGGAGGGAAGCGGACCCAUUAAUGAGAAAUAAGUAUGCUAAGUUGAUGUGGCAUUGCAUAGUUAAUUUAGAUAGUAAAUUAUUAAAAAGGGAGGAGUUACUAAAUUUGAUAGAUGAGAAUGCAGAUCAAAGUGAUGUUUGGAAUAAAUUGACAUUAUAACCAAUAGACAGGACAAGGAAAUUGAUUCAUAUAUGA